AUGUCAACGGGGGAGCUAUAUGUUCGAAGGAAGUUAACCGAUGAUCAGUCGAAGAAGCUAGCGGAACGGCUUAAAGGCGCCAGCACCGACACAUCCCUUUCAGUGGGUGACGUCAAAUACAUGAUUCUAACGUCUGAUGCCAAUGGGAUCCAAGCUCGUAAAGAUAAGAACGCAUUUUCAUGCAGCACAUCUACGACUGCCAUUGUUAUUGCUUGCCAUAUUCAUUCAUCUGAUGCGAAAGAUCCAACUCCUGGACUCAACCAGCGGUUGGGUACAGCCUCAGAAAAAAUCGCGGAGUAUCUAAGUCAAUCUGGGUAUUGA